GUAGUGUUGGUAUAUGUAAACAUUGGAUACGGCAACGAGUUGAAACAAUAAUUAUUUGUAGAAAUGGGUUUCACGUUUUGCGAAAUUGGACUACUCUGAAAGUUUGUUAGAUUUUAUUUUAAAGUAAAGUUUUUGUUUUGUUUUUGGCUUUUUUGUGUUGCUAUCAGCAGUUUCAGUCAGUCAAAACCGUGAGUACUACUGACACUGACAGUCCUUCUAAUAAUAAUAUUAAUAAUAACAACCCAUACCAAUUUGCAAAUUAAACAUAAACAUGGCUGAUGACAUUGAUCAACUGUUGGAUGAGGUAGAGUCAAAGUAUCUGGAAAAAGUGGAGACUAAAAAGCAGAAGUGUUCAGUAAGGGAACAUAGAAAAAAUGGAGCACCAAAUGGCUUAACUGUAGACUUGGAAAAAGCUAUUGAUGAUAUCUGUGAACUACCAAACCCAGAGGAGGAAAUACCUGAUAAGAGAUUUCAAACUCUUCACACAACAUCUACAGGACCCACAUCACGACGCUGUUUGACUGUAUAUUUAGGAGGGACUGCUUUGUCGACUGGUUUAUCCAGUAGUCUUGCACAAAGGUAGGUGCAUAGAGUUGUAGCUUGAACAAAUUUUUAUUAACAUGUUUGUAUUAUUUAGGAGUUUCAU